AUGAUCCUGCUGUUUUUAAUAAGCGUAGCUUUGGCGCAGCAGACGACCCCUAUAAAGCCUGUAAACUUUAUUUAGGAAGCCGUUCUAAUCGACCCAGUGCCCAGAAAAGACACUUCCGGAAAAACCAUGGAAGAUCCUCCAUGUGGAGGCCGAGGAAAAGGUUUAGCACAUACAUUAGCGGAGCCAGGGCAAUAUCACCCUGUGACCUGAAUGAUAGUUCACCCUGCAGAGACUGGAAACUGCACCCUUCGACUUACAUCAGGGACAGAUUUCAAUAAAUAUGUAACAUUGGCUCCAACUGAUAACUCAGCAGAUGGAUCAGGGUGGUUUCCAUGUGGAAGAAAAGAGCUUUAUCAUGAAAGCAAAACUAUUCCAUUUAUUAUAAAAAUAAUUUAUUAUAUAGAAAAAAUAAGGUAUUUAUAGAGAAAAGAUAUAUAGUAUGCUAGUUUAUAAUGAAUAAAUUAUUUUAUAUACUAUAAAUACUAGCCCUGCAAUAAUUGUGGUAAAUAGUAUUUCCUGAUCAUUUUACAUGCGAUGAAUGCACUUUGCAAUGGAUUUGGAAAACUUAUAUUGGAACUUUUUAUCAAUGCAGCGAAAUUCAAGUCAGAUCCACGAAUAGCAUGGCUUGUUUUGGGAAAUGCAAGAAUGGAGGAGUUUGUGCUGAUGGGAACUGUGAAUGCCCGGUUGGGUUUUCAGGACAGUUUUGCCAAGAUGCCGCAGAAGAAAGCCAAGAGGAAAAUAUUAAUGUUGUGGGAUAUUUAAUUACAUUUUUGAUUUUUGUGAUUGUUUGUAGUGCACUUGCAACAAUCGUAUACUAUUUCUUCAAUCAAGAUAAAAUUCCACCACAAGCUCAAAAAUUUUUAAGGGCAAAUUGUCAGUGGUGUUUGAGAAAAGAAGCAAUAAUAGAAGAAGAACAGAGGGAAGAAAGGGAAAGCGAGCCGCCUGUAGUACAGAGAGAAAGAUUAGUCAUUAACGUAUAG